AUGCGGUAUGAUGAAUUGGUUACACACCAGUCUUUAAAUUACCAAAAAAUUUACAACAUAUACUCACCACAACAACAUAUACUCACCACAACAACAUAUCACUCACCACAACAACAUAUCACUCACCACAACAACAUAUCACUCACCACAACAACAUAUACUCACCACAACAACAUAUCACUCACCACAACAACAUAUACUCACCACAACAACAUAUCACUCACCACAACAACAUAUCACUCACCACAACAACAUAUACUCACCACAACAACAAAAACUCACCACAACAACAUAUCACUCACCACAACAACAUAUACUCACCACAACAACAUAUCACUCACCACAACAACAUAUCACUCACCACAACAACAUAUACUCACCACAACAACAAAAACUCACCACAACAACAUAUACUCACCACAACAACAAAAACUCACCACAACAACAUAUACUCACCACAACAACAAAAACUCACCACAACAACAUAUACUCACCACAACAACAAAAACUCACCACAACAACAUAUACUCACCACAACAACAAAAACUCACCACAACAACAUAUACUCACCACAACAACAAAAACUCACCACAACAACAUAUACUCACCACAACAACAAAAACUCACCACAACAACAUAUACUCACCACAACAACAAAAACUCACCACAACAACAAGUUUUAUCCAGAUGUGUACAAAUUUCAAUGCUCCGGCAAAAAUAUUUAUACCACUUAUAAGACAUGUUAAACUAUCAGACAAAUAUCCAGUUCUACUUCUAAUGAACAAUGAGUCCCAUAUUAAUAUUAAAGCUACAGAUAACUCCAAGGCCAAUAACAUUAUCUCGUUGACGAUUCCACCUCAUACAGGACAGGACUGUAUUUGGAGCUUUAAAAAAAUAUUAUAA